CCCCUUUCUUUCUUAUCCUGGGUGAAUACGCUCAGCGAAAUUGACUGCCCCACUGUCAUCUGCCUCUCAAUUUGGUACUCUGUAACUCUGUGACCACCAAGAAGCCUUUUUCCGUCCCCGACAAAGCUCUUUUUGGAAAAUUCCCUACGGGAGCUGAAUUUUAAGCCCAUUUACUUUAUAGGAAGAAACAGAAAGGCAGCAUGUCAGCUGAAACACCAAUCACAUUGAAUAUCGAUCCUCAGGAUCUGCAGGUCCAAACAUUCACCGUGGAGAAGCUACUGGAGCCUCUCAUAAUCCAGGUUACCACACUUGUAAACUGUCCCCAGAACCCUUCCAGCAGGAAAAAAGGACGUUCGAAAAGAGCCAGUGUCCUUCUAGCUUCUGUGGAGGAAGCAACUUGGAAUUUAUUAGACAAGGGAGAGAAGAUUGCCCAGGAAGCUACAGUUUUAAAGGAUGAGCUUACGGCUUCACUUGAGGAAGUUCGCAAAGAAAGUGAAGCUCUGAAAGUAUCAGCUGAGAGAUUUACAGAUGACCCCUGUUUUCUCCCAAAAAGGGAGGCUGUGGUUCAAGCUGCCCGUGCCUUGCUGGCUGCGGUGACGAGACUCCUUAUCCUUGCGGACAUGAUUGAUGUCAUGUGCCUCUUGCAACAUGUGUCAGCUUUUCAAAGGACAUUUGAGUCUCUCAAAAAUGUUGCCAACAAAUCUGACCUCCAGAAAACCUACCAGAAGCUUGGGAAGGAGCUGGAAAAUUUGGAUUAUUUAGCCUUCAAACGUCAGCAGGACUUAAAAUCUCCAAAUCAGAGAGAUGAAAUUGCAGGAGCCCGAGCUUCAUUGAAGGAGAACUCUCCCCUCUUGCAUUCAAUUUGUUCAGCUUGUUUGGAGCAUUCUGAUGUUGCUUCCCUCAAAGCAAGCAAGGACACAGUUUGUGAAGAAAUUCAGAAUGCUCUCAAUGUAAUUUCAAAUGCUUCACAAGGGAUCCAGAAUAUGACAACCCCACCAGAACCUCAGGCAGCAACCCUGGGAAGUGCCCUUGAUGAGCUGGAGAAUUUAAUUGUCCUGAAUCCACUCACAGUGACUGAGGAGGAAAUACGACCAUCACUAGAGAAACGCCUUGAAGCCAUUAUCAGUGGGGCUGCUCUGCUGGCGGAUUCUUCAUGUACGAGGGACUUACACCGAGAGCGGAUUAUCGCAGAAUGCAACGCCAUUCGCCAGGCUCUUCAGGAUCUGCUUUCAGAGUACAUGAACAAUGCUGGAAAAAAAGAAAGGAGUAAUACCCUGAAUAUUGCUUUAGACAACAUGUGUAAGAAGACAAGAGACCUUCGCAGACAGCUCCGCAAGGCUAUUAUAGAUCAUGUGUCAGACUCUUUCCUGGAUACGACAGUCCCUCUUUUGGUUCUCAUUGAAGCUGCUAAGAAUGGCCGGGAAAAGGAAAUAAAAGAAUAUGCUGCGAUAUUUCAUGAACACACCAGCAGGCUUGUAGAGGUGGCAAAUCUUGCUUGUUCCAUGUCAACAAAUGAAGAUGGAAUUAAAAUUGUCAAAAUUGCAGCCAAUCAUUUGGAAAGCUUGUGUCCACAGAUUAUUAAUGCUGCACUUGCUUUGGCUGCAAGACCCAAAAGUCAAGUGGUCAAAAACACCAUGGAAAUGUACAAGCGUACAUGGGAGAAUCAUAUACAUGUCCUCACUGAAGCCGUAGAUGACAUUACAAGCAUUGAUGACUUCCUUGCUGUAUCUGAAAGCCAUAUCUUGGAAGAUGUCAACAAGUGUAUCAUAGCCUUAAGAGACCAGGAUGCUGAUAAUUUAGACCGUGCUGCGGGUGCUAUCAGAGGCCGGGCAGCAAGAGUUGCUCACAUCGUCACGGGUGAAAUGGACAGUUACGAGCCAGGGGCUUACACGGAAGGUGUAAUGAGAAAUAUUAACUUCCUUACAAGUACUGUAAUUCCUGAAUUUGUAACACAAGUGAAUGUUGCCUUGGAAGCCUUAAGCAAAAACUCAUUGAAUGUGUUGGAUGAUAAUCAAUUUGUGGACAUCUCAAAGAAGAUCUAUGAUACAAUUCAUGACAUCAGAUGUUCAGUCAUGAUGAUUCGGACCCCAGAGGAACUGGAGGAUGUUUCUGACCUUGAAGAGGAACACGAGGUCCGCAGUCACACCAGCAUUCAGACCGAAGGGAAAACUGAUAGGGCUAAGAUGACUCAACUGCCUGAGGCAGAAAAAGAAAAGAUUGCUGAGCAAGUUGCUGAUUUCAAGAAAGUAAAGAGUAAGCUGGAUGCUGAGAUUGAGAUAUGGGAUGAUACAAGCAACGACAUCAUUGUUCUGGCCAAGAACAUGUGUAUGAUCAUGAUGGAGAUGACAGACUUCACUAGGGGCAAAGGACCACUAAAGCAUACAACUGAUGUGAUCUAUGCAGCGAAAAUGAUAUCAGAAUCAGGAUCAAGGAUGGAUGUCCUUGCUAGGCAGAUUGCUAAUCAGUGCCCAGAUCCAUCUUGCAAACAGGACUUGUUGGCCUACCUGGAACAGAUUAAGUUCUACUCCCACCAACUGAAAAUCUGCAGUCAAGUUAAAGCUGAGAUCCAGAACCUGGGAGGAGAGCUCAUCAUGUCAGCUUUGGACAGUGUCACAUCCCUGAUCCAAGCAGCCAAAAAUUUAAUGAAUGCUGUAGUGCAAACAGUGAAAAUGUCUUACAUUGCCUCAACCAAGAUCAUCCGAAUCCAGAGUCCUGCUGGGCCCCGGCACCCAGUUGUGAUGUGGAGAAUGAAGGCUCCUGCAAAAAAACCCUUGAUUAAAAGAGAGAAGCCAGAGGAAACGUGUGCAGCUGUCAGACGAGGCUCAGCAAAGAAAAAAAUCCAUCCAUUGCAAGUCAUGAGUGAAUUUAGAGGAAGACAAAUCUACUGAAACCACUAUUCUACAUAUAGUGCCUAUAUGACAAAAUCCUGCCUAACCACACUUUAUUUUACACUUAAGAAGUUCUGUAAUUUCACUAAGUUUUGGUGUUUAACUCACAAAUAACAUAAAAUAUUGGGCACUAAAUCAACAAAAGCAAUAUAUAUUUGGGAUCAUAUCACUGUCGUUUCUGUAUGGUCAGCACCUAAUAGUUAAGGAAUAUUUGCUUGUUGAAUGAAUGAAAUUAUCACGUGUCAUUCAGUCUUUCCCAUCAUAGAGCUUAUCUACUAUUCAUUACCAAAUAAACACAGGAGAUGCCAGAGAGUCCUGUUUUUCUGUAAUACUUCAUGUACACUUAUCAUCUUUAUCUUGAAUUAAAACACUAACAUGAGCUCCUAACUUGGUUUUUUAAUAGAAACAAAAGACUUUUAUAAAAUAUUUUCCCAUUUAAUCUCCAUGCUUUCUUUAUCUGAUCUAACCUGGCACCUAACCAGGCAGAAAUGUAUGAUUCCUGCCAUAGCAAAAAAACCACCUUUUAAUCUCUAGAUAGCUGUACUCAUUGUCAACUUAUUAGGCUAACAUCCAUUAUAAACUAAUCAAAUUUGAAUAGUCAGGCUACUUGCUGGAUUUUGAAGGUCAACCUUGCUUAUUAAUAAAAUGCUUUCUUAACAUUAUAAAGGUUACAAUGAGUUCUGAUGCCACAUACUCACCUUUUGGGUUUCCAAUGUGUUAGAGAGUUCUGUACUUUUGAGUGUUAGGCCUAUCCGAAUACAUAUGUGAAAGAAGAGUUAUCACCCAUUGGGAAAAUGAGACAACAAACUAUAUCCCAAAGUGAGUUGUAUUAAUAAUAACAGAAGUGUAAGUUCUGUAUGACCCUAUUUUUACAAACAUAAAAAUACAUUUUUAUCAGCUUGCAAUUGUAAUUAAUAAGAAAACGGCAGUUUGAAAAACCUUUUGACGUUGAGUAAAAUAUAACUGCAUGAACUGUACCAUUGAACUAUGAAGCAGUUAAUGGCAAUGAAGCUGGAGUGAUUUUAAUAACGUUCUUUUAAAUAAAAGUCACUGGGGUCAUUUUACAACUCCAGUCACUGUGUUCAUUCCUAGUUGAGUUCAUAAUGGACUUCAUAAUAGUCUUAGAGUCUAGUGUACCUCUCUCUGUCAUUCUCUCUCUCUUUUUCUCUCCCCUGAUGACCUGCCUCUCUCUGUCUUUCAAAAAUGUCCUUAACAGAAACUCUUUGGAGUCUAUAAGUUUUGUUUUCAUUUUUUCUCAUUCAUAGAGUUCUGAUUCACAGACUUUAAAAAACAUUUUCUAUUCUACAUUAUCAUAAUAGUAUUAUAUUAUACCUUUUUACUUCUAAAACAUUGCCAUUGAUGAGAGUCGUCUCAGCAACGAUGUAACCUUAGAUUGAUGAGAAAAAACUUACACAUACAAUACCAGUUGAUAUUAGGAGAACCAGUUUGGGUAAAAGGAUGCAUGAAACAUACAAAAGCAUAAAGAUUGACAGUACGAUAGGUGUGGAAUCUUAAGCAUAAUGGUAUGGGAAAAGAAGGAUCUAUUUAAUAGGUCAUUAUUAAUUAUGCAGGAAAUGUUAAAUUUCUUGUAAUGAAUUAUUUCAAUCUUCCAAGUAGCUGGAUUGCCUGAGCUCAGUGUAAAACUUCCUAGGAGGUGAAGGCAAUAAUCUCCUCCCUGUUUUGCACCAUAGACUGGCCUACAAUAACUAUUCUGAACAGAGUGCACUGCCCAGAAGAAAAGGCAGUGAAGAAGGGAAUUAGGGAAUUCAGAUGACUCUGUUUUUCAGAAUUAUCUAGAUAAUUGAGGCAAAUAGAGAUUUUCUUUUAUUGAAAUACUGCCAUCAUUUUCUGCUCUAAGAAGUGUAGAUGUUGCACGAGUGACAUCUGUGGUAUAUCCUUCUUCCAGAUAGAAGCAUAAAUUUAUAAUUUAGUGGGGAGAGGAAUUUUCUUUUAAUCACCAAACUACCAGCUGUAUAGAAAAUUUUUUUGAAAUCACCAAACUAGCAGUUGUGUAUCUUAGCUCCUAAAGCCACAUUCACAAGAAUCAUAAGCAUCUCAUUUAGAAAAUCUAAUGUCCACUGGACCCAACAUCAUCUUUCCACAUGUUGGAGUUUAGAACAUUCAGUAUUGGACACCAAAGGAACAGAAAUAACUUGAAAUUAUACAAUUACCAAAUAACCUCCAUCUCUUUGAUAAAAAUGACUUUUUACCCAAAGUGAGAUGUGAACAAGUUCUCCUCUUUAACCCAGGCAGAUUUUCAGCUUAGCUCAAAGCAAGCUAUAAUUAAAUAAAACAAUAAAAAUUUUAACUCAAUGAAUAUCCUAGGAGUUAAUCUGCUGUGGUAAUCAAUAGUGACAUAAAAACAAGAUGCAUAGAGCUGAAAAAGGCAUCUGUCCACCUGAGUGAAUUCCUGUAGUAGGCAGCAUUUCAAGAUUUAGUUUGAUUCAAACCUGCUGAUAAAACAAAUGCUUAUAUGCAAGAAAAACUAGCAGCAAGAUAUGAAUAAAUCUCCCCAUUAUGUAGUUAAAAACUAAUCAGCAUGAUACAUUUAUAUUUAGGUAUUUCUUCUGCAGAGGAUUGCCAGAAAUUUCUUAAUGAGAGUGAUAAUUUGGUGAUCCACCUAUGUACCUUUUGAUGUCUCAUCACAGAGAUUAGUGCUUCCUCUGAUAAUACAUUUGCUUGAUCCUGCUAAUAAGAACUCACCUUUCUUUUUAACGAAAUCAAUUUGUGUUAAUUUACAUAGGGAAAAACAUUCCUUGAGAGGGAGGAGAGGGGUGUUUACCACCCACAGGAGCAGUUCCAUCCCUGGUUACCCACCAGUAUCCCUGCCAGAUGUUAGACUGGAAUUAGAAUGAAAAUUUAAAAAAAAAAACGAAAUAAUAAUCCACUAAAUGGCCUUCUAAUUAGAGAAAUUUGAAGAUUUUUAUCAAAUAUAAAAAGUGAGAAAUAGAAAUCAUUCCCUUUAAUUUAUGACAAAUUAAAAUUAUUGAAGUAAAAUGUUUCUAAGUCAGUUUCUGGAUAGUUCUUGAAUGAGUCAAGAAAAAACUCAAACACUAAAUUUCUAAGCUAAUUUGUUCAUUAUUCCUUUCUGUUUAUUAUUUAUGAUAUGAGUGCAAAUUGCAAAUGUAUUAGAAAAGACAAUAUAGCCUUCACAUUCACAAGUGUGCCUUCUGGCCUUUGAAAUCUUUUAACAUAAGAUCAAUAUAACAUAUUUGUUCCCCAUAAAAAUCUCUUAUGUACAGGGAAUAAGGUCCUCCAUAGCUACACAGAGACACCCAUUCUUGCAGUCUGGCAUUCUUAACACCUUUAGCUUCAAAGGCAGUUGGUUUCAAUUUCAAGCUAAAAUUGUGAAUAUACAAUUAAGUGCGCAACUUGGGCCUUCAGACCAAAUAAUUAAUGCUCCUCAAAUUAAAUAAUGAGUGGCUGAAAAGCCUAAUGUGUAACAACAGAGUAAGUGACUUCAACGGCUUCCUGAACCUUCAUUUUGAGGGUGUUCUCAUCUCACCCACCUCUGGGCUAGGUAUCCUCUGUUAAUUGCUAACAAUUUCCUACCAAAAUAGUGCAAUCAGGACUGCCCAUCACAGCAAAUUACUCCAAUUAAUGCCCUUUCCUCUUCUUCUGUGAACCAAAAAUAUCUCUCUCCUGUCUCUCAUCUCUAUCCCAGGUAUAAAUUGACUAAUAAAUUUUACAGAGUUUUAGUCAAAAUUAUGAAUUUUAAUUUCCAGCAACAUUAUUCCUUUAGUCUUUCUAUUCCCCAAAACAUUCUUAAAUUUUGGUAUCAAAUGUUCAUUUCUGUGCUAGAGAUUGUGGUUCCCAUGGCUACAGAUUUUUGUAUAGUGGCAGUAUGAGUGGAAUAAGAUCUGAGACUUUUCCUGGUGAUAUCCACCAUUCUCUUGUGAACUCAUUGCAGAAUAAACAGCCUCUUUCACUUUCA